AUGGAGGACGAUAUCACCUUUGGAGCCUCAGUAUGGGGUGCACCGAACGACUUGGUGCCUACAAUCUCUGACAAACAUUUAUCAUCCUCCGUUUCACCUGCUCUUUCUUCGCAAGACGGACUCGAUGAGUUCGACAACUUUGGAACACCUGCAGAGACACUGGCCGCGUCGGAGGAUGAGGUGGAUGAUGACUUUGGGGAUUUUGGAGAUUUUGGAGAAGCACAGGUGGCUGGAGACGUCUCUGCGUUUGGGGAAGAGGUGGCUUUUGGCGAUGGCGAGCAGACACCAACACCUGGCCCAUCAUUUGCGGAUUGGGGACCUUUACAGUUGCACCCAUUACCGUCUAGACAAGAUCUUCAGGACCAGAUAGACGACAUACUGGGGCCGCUAUGGGCAACCAUCGACAUAUCCCACCUGACGAAUGACGAUAUACGACAAGCAGAAGGGUUGAACCAAACAUUAGUGACACCCGAGAGUCGUCAAUUAUAUACCAUGUUACUCCCGCCUACCCCUCCUGCGCUCCAACCCGUUAACUGGACACGCUCGCGGAUACGUCGGCGGCACCUUAUUUCCCUCGGCAUACCAGUGAACCUCGAUGAAGUCCUCCCUCGAGCGAACGGGAAGCUUCCUAUGCUGCAAAUUACCACUCGACCCAUGUCCGCGCCUCCCGGUCCUCGCACUGCUCCAUCGCGGCCACUACCCUCAGCGAGCAAUUCAAGGGCAGGAACACCACAUCCAAGUUCUCCCAUGACAAGUGUUGGUCCCGGUUACACCGCGUCUGCGGCUGCUCAACUACGACUUGGACCUAAACCCGACCUGGACGAGAAUAAACUGUCCGAAUUGCUCGAUCUGGAUACAGACUCCUUGAAAUUGCUUCCCGUCACAAAGCUGGAAACUUUCCUCGCGGAGAUGAAAACGCAGACAAUCAACACUUCGACAGUCUUGACGUAUCUCUUGCAGACGCGGGACGCUUUACAGCAAGAUUCGGAGACAUACAACAAAUUGAUUGGGGAGCUUGUUGGAGAGGCGCAGAAAAUCAAGACUGGCAAACGGAUACCUACUCGGAGGGGUAGUGGGAUGACAUAG